ACUACAGUCCCACACCCCCAGUUCCCCACCUCCCGGGGCUUCCACUUCCGUUCCGCCUCUCCCUUCCUCUUCUUCCACCAUCUUCCAUGGCCGGCGCGACCCUCGGCGCAGCGAAAUUCCCCGCCACCGUUGCGCUGCUCCGCACCCGCCGCUCCCCCGCGAUCGCCGCCACGGCCCUCGGCCCGUCUGGUCUCCGCCACUACCGCCGCGGCGUCGCGAUGGCCGCCGCCGGCACCUCCUCCUCCACCCCGUCCCGCGUCCCCGCCGUAGAUGCAAUUCCCAAGGGUGCUGAUUUAUUUUUCAGGUCAAUUCUCUCAAACAUGCAAAAAGUUUACUUGAGCAGAAACCCAACAGCAGAAAAAAUUCUGGACCUUGUCCGUUCUUAUGAUGGGGACCACAUUUGUUUUGAUCACUUUGCUUUCAGAACAUUUGGGGUUGAUGGUUAUGGUAUAAACUCACUUGCUGAAUUUUUCACUGAUUUUGGUUAUGUAUCUCGCGAAGAACUAAGGUUUCCAGCAAAAAAACUUAGAGCACUAUGGUUUUCCCCUCCUGCCAAUGAUGGAUAUACCAGAACUGGUAUAUAUGGGCCUUUGCCAAGGAUAUUCAUUUCGGAACUUCUUGUGGACGAGCUGAGUGCUCAGAGCCAGGAAAUUAUAUGCAAAUACGUUAAAACUUCUGGUAGAGGAAAUAAAUAUUCUGUUCUUGCAAGUACAUAUGGGGAGCUGACAUGGGAAAAGCCCAUCUAUUCUGAUUUCCAGGUUUUAUCUAGGGAAAGUGAAUAUGCUGCAUGGACUCUUGUUAAUGGCUAUGCACUAAACCAUGCAACAGUUUCCACUCAUCGCUUAGAGUCGGAUAUCAGAAGUAUUAAUAAUUUCAAUAAAUUUGUUGAGGAAAAUGGGUUCAAGUUAAACACAGAAGGAGGGAUUUUGAAAGUGAGCCCUGAUGGCCUCCUUCAGCAAAGCUCAACUGUAGCUGAUUCAGCAUUAUUUACCUUUGCCAAUGGAAUCACUGAAGCUAUUCCCCGUUCCUAUAUUGAAUUUGCUGAGCGCCUGCCACUCCCACAGUUCAAGGAUUUGCAAGAACAGGAGGUCAAGGAACACCACAGGCGCGAUGGUUUUGAAGUAGGCAAUGCAGACAAGAUAUUUGAGAGCACGUCAAAGGAUCAGCUUACCCGAAGGUUUGCAUAGACUGUGUGAAUUCUCGAUCGGACAUGCUGCAAACCAGCCAGUGGGCCUCUUGGAAAUGUGUUGAAAGCGUGAAUUUGUGUAAUUAUUGUAUAAGCUAGCUAGAAGCGUGUUUAAAAUCAGACUCAAUAAAGACAAACAUUUCCUAGUGGCAUUGUGCUCCCAUAACUGGAAUCUAGAUGUCUCUUAUCGUUUUAUUUUCC